AUGGAGCCCUCAUGGACCCUGUUUCUCUCCGUGUUGGCCCUGUUCCUGCUUGCCUACCUCUACCACGUGAACAGAGCGAUCUCAACCCUUCCAGCAGAAGUUGAGAAGCUGGCCGGCAAGCCUUGGACGGAGGAAGUGGCUCGAGCCGCGUACGAGAAGUGCCGCAAAAACAGGCCGGACUUCACGAAGUAUCUGCCGCCAAAGCAGAACAGACGAUAUGUCGUGUUUGGAGGCUCAGGUCUUGUGGGCGGCUGGAUCGUCGAGCACCUGAUCAUGCGAGGAGAAAGCCCUUCUGCCAUCCGCAUUGCAGAUCUCCAAGCCCCUCGACGAGAACAGGCAGUGAAGCAGCAGGUGCCGUAUAUGAAGGCCGAUGUCACAGAUCCGGCUUCUGUGUCCAAAGUCUUCACUACUCCCUGGCCAGCAGAACAUGCAAAGCUGCCCCUAACAGUCUUCCACACUGUCGCCUACAUCCACGCCGGGUAUCGCAAGACAGACUUUCUCGAAAAGUACAUGAAGGUCAAUGUGGAGGGAACGGAGAACGUGCUCAAAGCCGCGAAAGCGGCCGGCUGUGACGUCUUCAUCGCUACCUCCUCCUGCAGCGUGGCCAUCAAGCCGGUUGAUUUCUUCAUCGCCCCAUGGGAGAAGCAUCCGAGGAACUUUGUCCAGUUCUCGGACAACGGCGAGCCCCCGCCCCUGAAGCUGGAGAACUUUGCCGGAUGUUAUGCCUACACGAAGGCCCUGGCCGAGAAAUUGGUGCGGGAUGCGGACAGCAGGAAAGACUCGUUCAGGACUGGCGCCAUCAGGCCCGGGCACACCAUCUACGGCCAUGGGGAUGCCAACCGCAACUCGGUCUUCUAUGACUACCUACGCCGUGGAGGUCUCCAGACGUGGCUGACCCAUUUCAUCCUGCAAUACGUCUCAGCACAGAACGUCUCGCUCGCCCACCUCCUGUACGAAGCACGCCUGCUGUCGGGCCACGACAUCGGCGGCAAUGCCUACGCGGUGUGCGAUCCGGGCCCACCGUUCCGCUACAGUGAUCUGUACCGGCUUGCCUCGACGCUUGCCCACCCGAGGACGCCCAUGAAGUGGCCCACGGUCCCACCUCUCCCGCUCCUGCUCCUCUCGUAUCUCGUCGAGGGAUACCUGCUCGUCCGAAGCCGCUACCUCCGUCUCCUCCCUGAGAUCACCAACUUCGACCUCACGAUGCUGCAGCGCGCCAUGUUCAAUUAUUCCACAUUGGUCAUCAUCUACGACGACUCGCGUGCCCGAAGAGACUUGGGGUAUAACCCGGGCCACGACACGCUAGAGGGCCUGUGCUUGCACAUGAUCGAGUGGAAUGAGAAUGCGGAGGCGAGUCUCACGGCGAAAGGGGAGGUGCAGGACCAGGCGACCGUCCUGGAGAAGACCGUUCCGGUAGUGCCCAAUCGGGUCACGGCUUGA